GGGGUCCCGGCGAAAAUUGGGGGUCCCGGCCCGGACUAGGGGUCCUGGCCCGGAUUGGGGGAUCCCUGUGGGUGCAGCCCCCUCAGGGCAGUGCAGCGUUUUGGGGGGUCCCUGUGGGUGCAGCCCCCUCAGGGCAGUGCAGGGUUUUGGGGGUCCCUGUGGGUGCAGCACUUAGAGGGAAGUGCAGGAUUUUGGGGGUCGCCUUGGGUGCAGCCCGUGGAGGGGAGUACAGGAUUUUUGGGGCUCCCCUUGGAUGCAGUGCAGGAUUUUGGGGUCCCAUUGGGUGCAGCCCUUAGAGGGGAGUGCAGGAUUUUGGGGUCCCCCUUGGUGCAGCCCUUGGGGUCGCUCUGCAGAACUCGGGGCCCCCCGGGGGUGUCGCCUCCCAGGGGUUUUUGGGGUCCCCCCGAGGUGUUCCCUUUGAGGGGGGGGUGCUGCUGGGUUUCGGGGUUCAUUCACCUGUGGUAACGGGGUUUGGGGGUCCCCAAAUUAAUCACUGCAGGAGAGGGUCCUCAGGAGGUCUGGGGGGCUUUGGCACCCCCAGAAAUCGGGGGGGGUUCUUGGGGUGCCCCCAGGAGCCCCUGGCUUGGGGUGUCUCUGAGGAACCCCAUUUUUGGGCUGACACUGAAGACCCCGUUUUGGGUUAACCCUGAGCCCCAGCGGUUUGGGGGUGACCCCAAGACCCCCUCCCACUUGAGGCGCCCCCAAAGCCCCCUGGAUUUUGGGGUGACCCCUGCAAGCCCCUUUUCGGGGUGACCCCAAGCACCGCCACACUUGGGAGUUCCCCAAACCCCGCUUUUGCCGUAUCCCCAAGACACCCCCAUUUCUGAGUACCCCCCUGACCUCCUCCCAUUUCUGGGGUGACCCUGAGGACCCCCCGUUUUUGGGGGUGACCCGCUGGCUGUUUUCGGGGUGCCUGGGGCCAUGGCGUGGGCGCUGAAGCUGCCGCUGGCGGACGAGGUGAUCGAGUCGGGGCUGGUGCAGGAUUUCGACGCCAGCCUCUCGGGCAUCGGGCAGGAGCUCGGCGCUGGCGCCUACAGCAUGAGCGACGUCCUGGCUCUGCCCAUCUUCAAGCAGGAGGAGUCCAGCCUGCCCCCCGAGAGCCAGGACAAGCUGCUGCCCUUCCAGUACGUGCUGUGCGCCGCCACCUCGACCGCCGUCAAGCUGCACGACGAGACCCUCACCUACCUCAACCAAGGUCAAUCCUAUGAGAUCCGGAUGUUGGACAACAGGAAGCUCGGGGAGCUGCCCGAGAUCAACGGGAAGCUGGUCAAGAGCAUCUUCCGGGUGGUUUUCCACGACCGGCGGCUGCAGUACACGGAGCACCAACAGCUGGAGGGCUGGAGGUGGAACAGACCUGGCGACAGGAUCCUGGACAUAGAUAUCCCGAUGUCCGUGGGGAUCAUCGACCCCCGCGCGAACCCCACGCAGCUCAACACCGUGGAGUUCCUGUGGGACCCCUCCAAGAGGACCUCGGUCUUCAUCCAGGUGCACUGCAUCAGCACGGAGUUCACGCUGCGCAAGCACGGCGGCGAGAAGGGCGUUCCCUUCCGCGUGCAGAUCGACACCUUCCGGGAGAACGAGAGCGGCGAGUACACCGAGCACCUGCACUCCGCCAGCUGCCAGAUCAAGGUCUUCAAGCCCAAAGGAGCCGACCGGAAGCAGAAGACGGACCGGGAGAAGAUGGAGAAGCGAACGCCGCACGAGAAGGAGAAGUACCAACCCUCGUACGAGACCACCAUCCUGACCGAGUGCAGGUGCAGCCCAGGUGCCCCUGAGCUCACCUGGCUCCCCAGUGUCCCCAGUGACCCGUGUCUGUCUGUCCCUCUGUCCCUCUGUCCCUCUGUCCCCAGCAGCGGGUCCCCGAGCCACCAGCCCGACCCCCCCGCGCCCCUGGCUGACACGCUGCUGCCCACCUGGAGCCCGCAGGAGGCUCAGCAGUGGCUGCACCGCAACCGCUUCUCCACCUUCUCACAGCUCUUCAGGAACUUCUCCGGGGCAGACCUGCUGAAGCUGACGCGGGAGGAUGUGAUCCAGAUCUGCGGCCCCGCCGACGGCAUCCGGCUCUUCAACGCCCUCAAGGGCAGGAUGGUGCGGCCCCGCCUGACCAUCUACGUGUGCCAGGAGUCGCAGCAGGUGAGGGAGCCCCAGCACGAGCACGAGGACGGCGAUGGAGGCAGCGGCACCUUCUUUGUGUACCACGCCGUGUACCUGGAGGAGCUGACGGCGGCCGAGCUGGCGGAGAAGCUGGCGCAGCUGUUCCGCGUGCCCGCCCAGCACAUCCAGCACAUCUACAAACAGGGCCCCACGGGCAUCCACGUGCUGGUCAGCGACCAGAUGAUCCAGAACUUCCAGGAUGAAUCCUGCUUCGUCCUGGACACCCUGAAAGCCGAAACCAACGACAGCUACCACAUCAUCCUGAAGUGAGGGACAGGUGAGGGACAGGUGAGGACCACCUGCAGCCUCUCUGCACACCUGGACACCCUCCACUCCCAGCACGAGGACACAGCAGAGAUUUGGGAGCCCCCAGGUGUGCUCAGCUGGCCACUCCCCCUCGAAAGGAACACCUGGACACCUUCUGGAGACCCCUCAGGUGUGCUCACUUGGCCACCCCCCCUCAAAAGGAGCAUCUGGAAAGCCCGCAGGUGUGCUCACCUGGCCAUCCCCCUCAAAAGGAACACCUGGAAACCCUUUGGAGACCCCUCAGGUGUUGUUACCUGGCCACCCCCCCUCGAAAGGAACACCUGGAAACCCUUUGGAGAGCCCCCAGGUGUGGUCAUUUGUCCACCCCCCCUCGAAAGGAACACCUGGACACCUUCUGGAGACCCCACAGGUGUGCUCACCUGACCACCCCCCUCAAAGAGAACACCUGGAAAUGCUCUGGAGAGCCCCCAGGUGUGGUCACCUGGCCACCCCCUCGAAAGGAGCACCUGGAAACCCUUUGGAGACCCCACAGAUGUUGUUACCUGGCCACCCCCCCUCAAAGAGAACACCUGGAGAGCCCCCAGGUGUGCUCACUUGGCAGCCCUGCCCACAGGUGGCUCCUGGCAUGGACAGGAUGCUCCUCUGCUGCCGCUCUGGGGCACCAGGUGUGCCCCCACCUGGGACAGGCGUUGCCUCCAGGUGGGUGCAGGUGUGACGUGAUCUCAUAAGGACAUCAAGAAUUCCAGAUUUAAUUAUGGAAAAUGGGAAGAUAAAGGGAUAACUCGGGGUGGGGGGGAGGGGAGGGGGCAUUGCUGGCUGUUUUGGGGAGAAAAGCAAAGAUUUGGCUCUUUCUGCUGGAUAUGUGAAGUGAUUGAAGCGGCUCUGGGCAGGUGUCCAGGUGAGGGAUCUGCCCAGGUGUGGGAGGUUGAUCCCCAGAUCCCUCAGACCUGGAUGCUCCAGGUAAUACCAGCCUCAGCCCAUCAGGUGUUUCAGGCAAAAAAACCCAGAAAAAAAGACAAUAAAACCCAAGGAUUUGAUUUAAAUAAA